AUGGGGCUACUGGCCACACUUCUCCUCCUGCAGUGGAUAAAUUCUUAUCAGUUAGACAGUCUACAGCCUCUAAAGCGAACAAAAAGGACCUGGGUUAUCACCACCAUUAAUGUUCAAGAGGAGGACAAAGGACCAUUCCCAAAAUAUGCUGGACAGCUGUUUAAUAACAAAGCAUUUAAUAUGUCAGUAAAAUAUUUAAUCAGUGGACCUGGUGUAGAUGAAUCUCCAGAGAUUGGAUUGUUUUCUAUAGAAGAUGAUGCAAAUGGACAUGUGUAUGUGCAUCGGACCAUUGACAGAGAAAAGACCCCAACUUUUCAGAUACGUUUCGAUAUUGCGUACAGAGAGACUGGUCAACUAUUGGACCACCCUUUAUUUUUCAAGAUAAAGGUUAAAGAUAUUAAUGACAAUGCACCUGAGUUUCUCAAGGAGGAAUACAGUGUUACAAUAAGAGAGAACCACAGUAAAGAUGAGCCAGUUUUCCAAGCGACUGCCUUGGACAAAGAUGAAGUUGGCACUGCAAAUUCUCAGGUGUCCUAUUCUUUAAAUAUGCAAAUGCCCCUUCUAGAUGGAUUCACUUUUAAUAUUGAUGCUACCACAGGAUCAAUACUUCUGUCAGGAUGCCUGGAUUAUAAGGCUGCUAACUCUUUCAAACUUCUGAUUAAAGCCAGUGACCAUGGAACUCCCCAGCUGUCAUCUACUGCAACAGUGAAUAUAGCUGUUGAAGAUGCAAACAACCACCUCCCUGUAUUUACUAGUGAUAAUUACCAGCUACAGAUUUCAGCAGGUCAAGAACAUCCAGCUGUAUUACGUCUCCAAGUGAAAGAUGAAGACUCCCGCAACACUCCAGCUUGGAGAGCAAAAUACAGAGUAAUUAAAGGCAAUGAGAAGAAGCAGUUCACCAUUGAGACAGAUCCUGACACAAAUGAAGGGAUUUUGGGUAUUAUUGAGCCUCUCGACUAUGAAGGUGACUCUGAGAUUAGACUUGUAAUUUCUGUAGCAAAUGAAGAACCUUUCUUCUUGUGUAAAAACGGCAUUGUGACAACCUCAAGCCUAGCAUCCAUGAACACAACUGUGAACAUCAAGGUCUUACAGUCACAACGUGCUCCUAGGUUUCACCCUCCUAUCCUUAUUGUCCAAAAAGAAGAUUCAAUGAAGCCUGGGAAAUUAUUUAGAAGAUAUCCUGCCACAUAUCCAGAUGAUGUGCCAAGUAAGAUAAAAUAUGAACUAGCCCUUGACCCAGAUGGUUGGCUGAGUGUGGAUGAGAAUUCUGGAGUUCUUACUGUGGUGAAAGAAUUUGAUCAAGAAUCCCCUUAUGUGAACAACAGCCUGUAUACCAUUAUCGUUCAUGCUAUUGGUCAUGGCAUUCCACCACAGACUGGUACUGGCACCAUCCUGCUUUACUUGUCUGAUGUUAAUGAUUAUAUGCCAAAAUUAGUGGCUCCUUCUUUAGACAUGUGUGAUCAAAAACAAAGGACACUUCUUAUAAAAGCUAAGCCUGCUUCAAUCCAUUCACAUUCUGGGCCAUUUACAUUUGAGCUGGCUGAGGACUCUGAAGAUGUGAAACGUAACUGGAAAUUAGGAAGGAACUUUGGGGAGUCAGUUGAACUUUUAAUGUUAAGAAGUCUCCCACAAGGAAGCUACUUGGUGCCCAUUAUUAUUCAGGACAGGCAAGGAUUUUCUGUAAGGCACAAUCAGCGUAUUAGGCUCUGCUAUUGCCCAGAUGGACAUACAUGUCAAGAUUCACUACUCCCACAAGCAACAGUGAAACUUGGAGGUGGUGCCAUUGCAGUGAUACUAAUGGCUUUCUUAUUACUACUGGUUUGCUAUAUUCUACUUUGCCAGUGUUAUGUGUCAGGAUCUAAAAGUAAAGCUGUUGUUCUACCUCAAGAAGGUGAACAGACUUUAAUCAAGUACAAUGAAGAGAGAAGAAUGUCUUUAUCUGAAGCUAAGAUGGAUAUCACAGAUCAUGCUGCUCUACCACCUGUGUCUGUGGAGGCUGAAAAAAAAGUGACUGCUGAGGCUGGCCUGUCUGCUAGGUAUGAGAAAUCCCAAGUAAGACACUUUGAUCGCAUCAUACAGACAGUGGACAAAAUACUGGGUCAGAAACUGUACAGCCAAAACACGCUGGAAGAUUACGGGGUCAUCUGUGAACCUUGCAGAUAUGCUGAAGAAGGAGAACUUGAGGGAAGUAGCUCCUUCAGCUCUGUCUCCAUUGGCAGUGAGGACUUGCCUGUUGAUUUUUUGAGCACUCUGGGACCAAAGUUUUCUGCUCUGGAGGAAAUUUGUCAGAAGCGAUGCUGA